GCCCGCAAAGGGGUUAUAGAUACUGCUGUGCGAACAGCAGAUGCUGGAUAUCUUACACGUAGUCUUGUUGAAGUAGUUCAACAUAUUAUUGUGCGUAGAAGAGAUUGUGGUACUAUCCGAGGUAUUUCUGUAAGUCCUCAAAAUGGGAUGACGGAAAAACUUUUUGUCCAAACACUAAUUGGUCGUGUAUUAGCAGACGAUAUAUAUAUCGGUUCACGAUGCAUUGCCGCGCGAAAUCAAGAUAUUGGAAUUGGAUUAGUCAAUCGAUUCAUAACUGCCUUUCGAGCACAACCAUUUCGAGCACAACCAAUAUAUAUUAGAACCCCCUUUACUUGCCGAAGCACUUCUUGGAUCUGUCAAUUAUGCUAUGGCCGGAGUCCUACUCAUAGUGAUCUGGUCGAAUUGGGAGAAGCCGUAGGUAUUAUUGCAGGUCAAUCAAUUGGGGAGCCAGGGACUCAACUAACAUUAAGAACUUUUCAUACUGGCGGAGUAUUCACAGGGGGUACUGCCGACCUUGUACGAUCCCCUUCGAAUGGAAAAAUAAAAUUCAAUGAGAAUUUGGUUCACCCCACACGUACCCGUCAUGGGCAGCCUGCUUUUCUACGUUAUAUAGACUUGCAUGUAACUAUUCAGAGUCAAGAUAUUCUAUAUAGUAUGAAUAUUCCCUCAAAAAGCUUGAUUCUAGUGCAAAAUGAUCAAUAUGUAAAAUCCGAACAAGUAAUUGCGGAGAUUCGUGCCGGAACGUCCACUUUACAUUUUAAAGAAAGGGUACAAAAGCAUAUUUAUUCUGAAUCAGACGACGAAAUGCACUGGAGUACUGAUGUUUACCAUGCGCCCGAAUAUCAAUAUGGUAAUCUUCGCCGAUUACCAAAAACAAGCCAUUUAUGGAUAUUGUCAGUAAGUAUGUGCAGAUCCAGUAUAGCGUCUUUUUCACUCCACAAGGAUCAAGAUCAAAUGAAUACUUAUGGUAAAAAAUAUAGGGAAAUUCUUGAUUAUUCAACGUCGGAUCGAAUCAUGUCCAAUGGCCAUUGGAAUUUUAUCUAUCCUUCUAUUUUUCAAGAUAAUUCAGAUUUGUUGGCGAAAAAGCGAAGAAAUAGGUUCGUCAUUCCAUUACAAUAUCAUCAAGAACAAGAGAAAGAACUAAUAUCCUGUUUUGGGAUUUCGAUUGAAAUCCCCCUUAUGGGUGUUUUACGUAGAAAUACUAUUUUUGCUUAUUUUGAUGAUCCCUGAUACAGAAAAGAUGAAAAGGGUUCAGGACUCGAGCGGAAGACUUAGAAGAGGAAUAUGAGACCCUACAAGACGAAUACAGGACCCGAGAGGACGAAUAAUCUAAAUAUGGAAUCCUAGAAGACGAAUAUGAAUAUGAAACCCUAGAAGACGAAUAUGGGAGCCCAGAAAACGAAUAUGGGAACCCAGAGAACGAAUAUAGGACUUUAGAGAAAGACUAAGAAGAGGAAUCUGGGAGCCCAGAGAGCAAAUAUAGGACCCAAGAGGACGAAUAUGGAACUCUAGAGGAAGACUCAGAAGACGAAUAUGGCAGCCCCGGGGAAAGCGCAGAGGAAAAUAUGGUACUUUAGAGGAAGACUCAGAAGAAGAUUUAGAGGAUGAAUACGAGAGCCCAGAGGAAGAUGCCAUCUUAAAAAAAGAGGGUUUGAUUGAGCAUCGAGGAACAAAAGAAUUUAGUCUAAAAUACCAAAAAGAAGUAGAUUGGUUUUUUUCAUUCUUCAAGAAAUAGUAUUAUUGCCAAGAUCUUCAUCCCUAAAGAUACUUGACAAAAGUAUUAUUGGAGUGGAUACACAACUCACAAAAAAUAAAAGAAGGCGACUAGGCGGACUGGUCCGAGUGAAGAGACAAAAAUGCCAUAUGGAACUCCAAAUAUUUUCCGGAGAUAUUCAUUUUCUUGAGGAGGCGGAUAAGAUAUUAGGUGGUUGUUUGAUACUACCAGAAAGACAAAAAAUUAUUCUAAGGAAUCAAAAAAAGGAAAACUUGGGUCUACGUUCAAUGCAAAAAAAAUCUUAAGAGCUAGGAAAAGUAUUUUGUUUCCGUUCACCCUACAGUGGCAUAUGAAAUGGACGAAGGAAGAAAUUUAGCAACACUUUUCCCGCAGGAUCUCUUGCAAGAAGAAAAUAAUCUCCAAAUUCGACUUGUCAAUUUUAUUUCUCAUGAAAAUAGCAAGUUAACUCAAAGAAUUUAUCACACAAAUAGUCAAUUUGUUAGAACUUGCUUAGUAGUGAGUUGGGAACAAGAAGAA